AGAGAGCAGCAUCUUCCGAUAUAUGAUGCAACGUGCAGCCUCCUUCCUCGUCACCUUGGUGAUCGUUCCUUCGGAAUAAAGCCGCGUGCUUGCUGCUGGGACGGUUCCUUACCUGCAGGGCUAUGACGUAAUGGCAAGAGAGGAGUUACGGACCAAGAGACCUUUUAAGAUAUGGGACAGUUGGCGUAAUGUGAGAAAGGGACUGGUCGUUAGCAAUUUUGAAGAAUUAAUUGUCCGAGGUAAGGAAAAGCUGGGCGUGCCACAAAACGAGAAUGUCUCGCUAGUUUUGGAGUCGGACGGCACGCAGGUCGAGGACGGCGAGUACUUCAAGACACUAGGCAACAACACGAUCCUGCUCCUGCUACGGCAUGGUGAACGCUGGCUUCCCACUGGCGUCGAUAUCAUACGCGCUGCAAUUUCGGCGAUCCCGAAAAUAGUCUGUGAGACGAUCCACGCGCUGGAGUUGCACGAUGAGACGCCAUCGUGGAAAAUCAUGGACAAUAAAGGCCGAGUCACAGUGGUGCUGCACUGGGACCAGCGCUCGUCAUCGUCGUCGCAGGUGCAGCAGCAGCAAGCGAAGCCGGGCCAAGAUGCCCAGACUUCCAAGUACUCGCCGACUAAGAAAGUUGAUCUGAGCGGCGCUCAACGGCCGUCCCUAGUGAUCCAGACUAGUCUGGACAAGCUGGGCUAUGACGGCAAAGCGACGCAUUUGCCUGGCGAGAUUGCCCCGACGCGGUAUACCAGCCCGCGAAUCACUGUGAUAAAUCAUGACGAUAUGCAGCAGCCAGUGCAGUCGCAUGCCAUGCCAGGUCGUUUGGUGAAGCAGGGCACGAAUUCGUUCGACAGCACGACCAUCCACAUCCACACACCUGAGUGCUCCAAUCACAUCCACCAGCCGGUUGCGCGGAAUGGCAGUCCAGUGAAUGGUGCCGACGGUGGUCCCGCUGGCGAGUGCGACUUCCACUGCUGCGCUCUGCACGAGGAAGGUCGCAGGAUCGCCGUGCAUAAAUCGGUAGCAACGUCGCCGAUCCAGGACGCGCAGCACGCGCAGUACCAUCCGCAUCAUCCGCAUCCGCAGCAGCAACAGCAGACGCAGACGCAGACACCGUCGCCGCAGCCACCAUCUUCCCUGUCGGACGGCACCAAGCGACCCGGCCUUAGCAAAGGUCACGUGCGUUUUCGCGACACCGCCGACGAAGAGUCAAGCUCGCGUCUUGCCGGCGCAGUCGGCUUCCAUUUGCAUCAUAAUCACCAUCACCAUCAUCAGGAGCACGACAGCUCCGAAUCUGAAACGGAGAACACGAUAAUGGAGGAUGAGAUCGUGACUUCGGAGAAGUUUUUGCUGCUGAUUGACCAGCUGACGGUCGACCAGAAGCAUCAUCUUAGCAUCAAGGACAUCGGCAUCAUACUGGAGCGGCUCAGCUCCAAAAUCCUCGACGUCGAGCGGCUGGAUCGCGAAAGCGAGAGCGAGGAGUGCUACAAUUGGACGAUCAAGGCGAUCAUUCGGGGCGAUGUUCUACGGGAGCUCGGAGUAAUCUACAAUGGGAAUUACUACGCGAUCUCGGAGCAUCCCGGCUACAAAGAGGAGUCCGAGGAGAAUAAUGAGGAUAACGAGGAGGAAGAAGAGGAUAGACUUUAAUAUGAUGCUGUUUUAUUAGAUAGAUAGAUAGGUUAUACACUUAUCCUUGGUUAUUACUAACUUAGGACACGUUGUAAACGGAAAUAAGGAAAAGAGACAUCGCGCGCGGACUCCUUUUCGAAUUCGAGGAUUUUUUGAUUCCUGAAUUUUCUGUGAUUUUUUUUCUGAGAAUUCAUCGCUUGGAAUCUUCUUAAAAUCUUCGUGAAUCCUUUUCUGGGAUUCUUCAAGAUAGGAUUCUCUGAGAAAUUGGAAUUUCUUAGUAUUAGGUUGUUCGGAAAGUUCGUAUCAAAUCUUCUAUGUAAGUUCAGGACGCAAUAUUUUACUCAAAGAGCAAUUUUAUUGAAGUAACGCAGGCAUCUCCAUACAACAUCUCAUUCAGGAUCUGCGAAGCUGUGAAGUCACGCUAGAAGCAAUACAGCAUCACAUGGCGAAGUGGAUCUUCUGGUUCUCAAACUUUCCACUUAAUUUUUGCCGAAAUGAUUGCACUUAGGAAGGCCUGCGAGGUUUCCUUUGCGGGCACACAGAAAUUUGAAACAAACUUUCCGAACAAUUGCGUGUUAAGUUGAAAAUUCUACGGAAUUAACGCAGAUGCUCUCAGUAUUUGGAUAAUACAUAAUUGUGUAAAAAUUGCCUAAAGUUUGAUGAACUUAGAACUUGACAUCUACUUUUCUAGAAUUUCUCUCCCACAAUACUUUCCUAGAAUUUUCUAAGAUUUCUAGUCCCUUGUUAGGAUUCCAUAAGAAUCUUUUAGAAAUGUAGAAACUUUAUAAGAAUUUUUAAUGUUAUCCUAUAAUGUCUUCAAUUCUUCUUAAGAUCUUAUACGUUUAGAAUUUGCUUACAAUUCUCUAGAAGUUUCCUAAAAUCUUUCAAAUUCUAGGAUUGUCAGAAUUAUUUUUAUUUUCGAUUCAGGAUGUUCCAGUAGUUUUUAAAGUUUCUUUAUUCUAUGAUUGUACAAUAUUUUUUGACAAAAUAGAUAGAUAAAUUAUAUUAUUUGAAAUGAAUUUAGAAUAGGUAAUUAAGAUAUUUAGUGUAAUUAUGAUUUAAUUUUAUUUUUGUAAUAUGUGCAUAUUAUAUUCCUCGAAUUUAUAAAAUUGAAAUGAGAUUCUCUUAUAAAAGUGAGCACUGCGUUGUUCCACACUCUUUUGUUUAUGAUUCAUGAUGACUUUACACACGAGUCUUUCGCAACUAAAAGAGUCUCAGUUUCUUUUGUGGGGUAUACAAAAUUCUCGAAUCGAAGAUGAGAUCUACGAGAAAGCGAAAAGCGAGUGACAUGUGCAAAUGACGAUCCGCGUUGUAGGGAGAAAUCUAAUUUAAUAAGAUCGAAAAGCGACAGAGAAUAGACCGAAAAGCGCUACUUCUUCCGGAUGUGUUUCGUAAUAAGAAGAAAGAAAACAGAAAAGAAACGAGAGAGGAAGAAGGAGGGAGAGAGUGCAUCAUAAUGGAAUCAUGUAAUAUGAUACACCUUUAUUAAAAACCUAGUUCUAAAGACGGUUGUUGAAAUAUGUAUUUAUUAAAAAAAAAACUAGCGUGUAUACUUGUAGGAAACAUUUUUGGGAUUACGGACGUCGAUUCCGUAACCGUCCACAACACUGCCCUAUCUAAUGAAAAGUGACAAAGUAACGGAGACGGAGUGAGAAGUAGGGAAAGGCAAAAGCAGAGGAAAGAGAAUCAAUUUAAUGGUGUGAAUAUACGAUGCGUAACAAUUCGACUCGACUCGACUAAGCUCGAUGAUAUAACUUUUUUUCUUUGUUUGCGAGGCGUGUAGCUUUGAUUAAUCCGUUAUUACAGGAUUUCGAUAUAUUUUUUGUGAAUUCUCAAAUUAAUUGAAUGAUUUCUUGCAUAUUCCAUAUUUCAUAUAAUAUUAUUUUAUAAUAUCUCAGAACAAUCUUAAUUUAUAUACGAAUAUAAUGUUUUAAGAUAAUUAGCUUCUUGAAUUUUCGUUGGAUUCUAACUUUUAAAAUUUUUUUUCAAAAAUUUGUAAACUAAGAUUGUAAACUUCUUUGAAUUUUAAAAUAGAUAUUUUUAAAAUAGAAUUUAUCAAAAUAUGUUGAACAUUAGAGAAUUUCUAAUUCUUGAUGAUUAUAAUUACAAAAUGAAUAAAUAAAUUAUAAGCUUUUCAUAGGAAAUGCCGCGAGGCGCGUAUUCUAUAAUAACGGAUUAAUUUAUACUUUUAACAAAUGCGAUUGUGCGUACGAGGACGAGAUAAUCUCUCACAGGUGCAAGAUCGUUCGUCGACGUCAGGAACGAUCGGUGAUCUCGAAUGGCGGAGAGAUUACGCGUGGCAAACACGUGUAUAUCAAUCCAUAGAUAGCCAUAGAACGCUCAUUAUCGAUAUUAAAUACGGAUAAACGUAAUAUCGCGUGGCUGCCUUUAAUUCAUCGAACAUCGCGGACGAUGAACCGCGACUCAAGAAUCGACAUCAGAACUAAUGAGAAAGCGACGCGACAACAAUGGGGUUGCGGGAUGGAGCUGUUUGUUUCUCGCCGACGUAAAUUCUUCGUAGUCUCGUGAAAUAAUAUUCUCGUAGCCUAAGAUCCUUGGAUCCUCGGAUUCUCUGAUCUUCGAUCAUUUGGAUAUUAGAUUCCUUGAUCAUAAUUUGUUGUAAUCUAGAUUAUUAACUUCAUUCUUUUAGAUUAUACACAUUGUGAUUGCGUUUAGUUUUCUAAUAUUUUGAUGUCUUACACGUUCUAAGGUUCUUGAAUCCUUGAAAAAUUUAUUAAAUUACAGAAAUAUUUUAAUUCUUUUAAAACGUACUUAGAUUUCUUUAUUCGCAAUGUUUAUUCUUUUGCUAAACUUUUUGCGGAAUCUAAUAUCCAUUGCAUUCAUUUUGGCUCACUGCAGCUACGAUAUCUUAAACUGAAUCCGUGAAUGAAAAUCAUUUCAUUUAAAACGGAUUGCACACACAGACAACAUCGUUCAGAGCUUUCAACUUUUUCAAAAUAUAAAAGUAACACGUAGUUAUAGAAUUUCUUUUUACUUGAUGUAAAGCUUUUAGUUAUUAAGUUCUCUAUUUCCUGAAUCUUACGAGCUUUUUGUAUGUGUACUUUUUAUGUGAAGAAAGAUGAAUUUUUUCAUUUCCUCAUUCUUCAAAAUUGAUUAACGUCUCUUCCUACAUCCAUGCUAUCCAAAUAAUGAGAUUCCAUUUUUAUGUGUUAUAUAUUUAGAUAGAAAAUAUUAAUUAUCUUAAUUAAUAUUGAAAUUAGAUGUUACGAGCUGGAUAGCAGUUGAAAGUUUUGAGCGCUGCUCUAAAAACAGACAUGCAUACAUACGCGCGCGUGUAGAUUAUGUGUAACGAUAUUAAACAUAAUCGGAAUCAUUUGGAAUUUACGUUAGCGGAUGUACUACAUGAUUAUAAGUGAUAUAUCGAUACGUGUCGAGGAUACGCUCUAUGUGAAACUUUGCAAUUUUAAUAUAUUUCUAUUGUAAGUAUACUCGCGAAAUUGUGAAAGAGAAAGAAAGAGGCAGAGAGAACGACAAAGAGAGCAAGUGUGUGCGUAUGCGUGCGUGCGUGAAUGAGAAAGAAAGAGAGAAAGAGACAAUGGCACACGACGCGCGGGAGAUAUUCGAUAGCGUAUAUAAAUAUAUAUAUACAUAUAUAUAUAGAUAUAUACAUAUAUUAUAUAAUAAUAUAGCGAACUGUCGUGGGGAAUCCACUUUAUACAUACAGGUCAUCUCGUCAUGGCCGACUCGAGGGAUGCUCGAGGGCGAACUUUGGGAGUGACUCAAAACAGGGUCACUCGCGUACAGAGGAAACAGCUAAGUUCGUCGUUCCGUUGGCGUUAAGGUUUUCCAUGUGUCUUAUCUCAUCUCGUACUUCCUUCGUGAUCAUCUUAGCUUUCGAGUGUGAUGCGCGUAGAUCCCGAAAUCGUCGGAAUCUAGAGGAUUCCAGGUUCCGCCGAUUUUAGAUCUCUCGGAUUUUAAAGGCCCAGAUUCUGUGGUGAGUCCUGUGUCGGAGGACAGAGGAGGAGGGGGAUGAAUUCCUUUCCAAUUAUAUAAAAAUUCCACGAGUCUUAAAGCCGUUGUAAGAUCACCAGUUUUCUGGAUCUCUCGCAUUCCUCGGUAUCUAGAUCGUUUGAAUUCUAGAUCCCUUGGAACAUCGGAACCACGUGGCUCAUCCUCGAUCUAAGAUCUUGACAUUCGCAUUCUCUCUCAGAUUCUUGGCUCUUUAAGUUUCCAAAUCUCCUUUUGUUCUCUUGCAAUUCUUUCUCUCUCAAAAUUCUCGGAUUCCAGGAUUGUUCCUUCCUUAAAUCGUUGCGUCGUUAAAACUCUCGAUCCUUGGGUCAUCGAAUCUCGAUACUUUGAUUGUUAAAGGUCACAAGGAACUUAAAAUAAUCAGAAUAAUGUGAGAAGGGAAUAAGGAGAGCGAAAGGGGGCAAAUAUAAACACGAUGGAAUGAAUGAUUCGAUUUAUUGAGUCGAUUAUACAUUUUUUUCGUUGUAAAAGGGCAUAUGCUUUUGCAAUCGAAAAAAUAAAGGGGUUUCUUCUCCCAAGAACUAUUUCAUAAGAUAAAAAAAACCCUUUACAGGUUUCCGGUCUCGUAGUGCCACUUUAAAUAAUAAUAAAUAAUAAUAAUAAACCGACAACAACAAAUAAUACUAAUAUUAAUAAUAACAAUAAAUUAAUAAUGAUAAAAGGAAUAAAAGAAUUGUUAUAAGUUGUAUAACUGUUGUUUCUGGUACAUGCAGAUACUAUACAUAUACACACAUCGCACACACGCACAUACACACAUACGCACAUGUACACUUUCUAAAUUAAGGACAUGGCCUCCGCCAUUUAUUUAUACAUAGCCUCCUCCUACGAUCCUGUUUUGCAAGUAGUGCAAUGUCCUGGAAUUAUCAAAACGGAAAGUAAAUUGUAUUUAACAAUCAUUGCUGUUGUUAGAUUUGUUUUAUUGUACAGUUAAUACAGAUUUUUGUGAUUAUUUUUGCUCUUUUUGAAACAAGAGAUACAUUCGCGGAUCCUCCAAUAUCCUUUCCAUAUACGUGCGAUCCUGUUAAUGCCCCGUAAUAUAAUUUAUAUUCCUAUCAAGCAAUUUACAUUUAACAAGAAUGUCUACUCGAAUGUUUUUCCGAUUAUAUGAAAUAAUAUUAUAUAACGUCGGAGAGAAGAUUUAUUUUAUAAGAAUAUUUGCGACACUAUCUCCACUUGAGCAAUUCGUUGACUGAAAUUAACAUAAUUGCGCCUUUUUCGUCGUUUCACGUGUGAUAACGUAAUUUUCACGACCUAUCGAUCGAUCGAUCUGCAGCGAGUAACUGACGAUCAACGUAAGGGAGAGAGAUCUAGCGUAAGCAACCUCGCAUUAUGAUUACCUCUGUGUAUCUGCAUGACCGCAUUACAAUAACCUUUAACUACUUUUAAAAAGAGAAAACCGUAGUCACACUAUACUCUCGAUGUAGGCGAAAAGAAAAACUAUACAGAGCGUUCCAAAAGCGUGUGCCAAACGUGCGUCGGGGGUGCGCUCGAUGCUAAUAAUUUAUCUUUGCGACGACAAUCUUUCCCCAGCAAAUGCUCUUAAUCUCUACUAAGAAUUAAUAGAAAUGUUUGACUUUCUCUAAAUUAACUUGGUACUUCGUUUUGCUUCUCGAAUCUUUUCGUCUUGAGAGUUUUUAAAAACGUAGAUUCUUGUUAAAUAUUUAUUUAAACGACAAUUUAUAAAAUUCCGUAAUACUGUCCUUGUAUAAUACCGAAGUGAAAUCCUUUUUCAAAUAAGGAAGUUGCAUUAUAUUUCACCGUCGCAUAAAACUUUCGGAGCACUCUGUAUAAAUACUCGUACCGAUCGUGAAGUACAUUUGGUAUCUCUUGCCGCGUAGCGAUUAGAUUGUAUUGAUAAAUGAAUGAAGUAAUUAAUUACUUAAUUGCGUUAACUUACAAAGGUAAGAUUCGAAACAAUGAAGCAAGGGAGUAAAUCAAAAGACGGGAAUUCCUGUGAGAUUUAUCCAGGACGAAGUACUUAGGAGGAGUCUUCCCUCGUGAGAGGCAUGUUGCCCUAUAUACACAUAUACAGUGUACCAAGAAAGUACUUGCACAUCUUCACGGUUUUAUUACAAGUUCUGUGUUAUAUUCUUUUAUUACAUCAUGUUUGAUCAUUUGUUUGUCAAUGUGCGUUUACGUUACGACGUAACCGGCGGUUACGUGAAGCAAAAUUAUUUAUGGCACAGUUUGAGAUACGAGGCUGAUGCUGAAUAAUACAUUUUUAUAUUAAAUUACAAAAUCUCAGAUCUCUUGGGUCCUAAGAUAUUUCUCAUAAUUUCACAUUUUUUUAUAUCCUGGACAAUAAAAUGCUUGGAGAUAUUAUUAAGUUAUGCAAAUUUUCUAAGUUAUUUGAACUGCAGAUCUGCACUCUCGAAUAUCUAGAAAGGAUUUUAACCUUUUUAUUCAACAUAAAUGUGCUAUAAUAUUUAGUAUUUUGGUUUUAAAAAUAUAAUUUUAUUUAUAAUAUAAAUACACUAUUACAAUAUAUAAAUGUAGUCACAGCUUUUUUAUUAAAGUUAUGUUUUCACCGUGAAAUACAAGUGCGAGCGCAUUCUUCGCACACCACGCAUAUAUUUAUACAUAAUAUAAACUAUAUAUAAUAUAAACUAAUCAUGAUUUGCAAUCCUACACUGUCGAAAAUGAAACAUACAAGUAGUGCAAAUUAAGGUUUUUUAAGCAUUAACGACGAAAGAAAAAGAGAGAAUUACUGUACUGACGAUGAUGACUUUUUUAACGUUUUAUCGCGUUACGGAGUAUAAUAUGUGUAUAUAUACGUUAAUGCAUAUAACAUACACCCACGGCAAAAGAACACACGUAGACCACACAUGUGUCUAUGUAUAUACAUAUAUAUACAAUUCAUAUAUAUAUACGCGCGUGCGUGAGAGUGUGCGUGUGCGUGUUUGACGAGAGUGCAGGAAGAAUGUAAAUAAUAAAGACCGUACUAUACCACGAUUAUCCACGAGAGAGGAUCUAUAAUUGCCAAGUAUAAAAGUCACGUACACAAUACACAUACGUCAUAUAUAUAGAUUACAUGAGUUCGAUGCACGAUAGCGACAAUCGCAUUAUCCUGUGCGAUUUUUCGGCGAGCGAGUUUUUGCACCACUUUGUUCGUGAAUUUCCCUGCAAAGCGAGGUUUCCAUACGAGUUCACGAGUUUAACAACUAAAUAAAGAUAUCAGCUGAAUCUUUUACUUUACCUGGAUUCUCUGGCGCAAUUGGAUCGGCAGACCUCCGGAUUCACUCACGGUUGCUACGAUUUUUCGUCCGAUGUUUUUACAUACAGUUCCCUAAAUCCCACACAUUCCUCAAAAUUUUAUUUUACUUCGAAAGUGAUUACACACUCGAACUGUCGUCAACGGUCAUCUGAAAAAAUUCACCAACAGAGAAGGCGGUGCAAACUUUCCCAUGCGAACAUCAUCAAUGGUAGACAUUUUUUCUGGGCGCACGUGUCACGGUGUUUCUUCUUAAGUACCGGGACACUCUGGUCAGAUCCCGCGCUAUUUGUAAUUUAAGAUGUAGCCCGAUUUAUUUUCAUUGAAAAACAAGCGCGCGAAUCGAGGAUCGUAUUAUUACAAGUAAGAUAUCUCAUUGAACGGAAGUGAGAUUUCUCAUCCUCCGUAGGCACGUUCCGUGGAUGCCUCACGGACGUUUACCGUAUGCAAAUUUCGUGGGAUCCGACAAGCCUUGAUCGUGCGCAGGAAAUGUUAAUCCUCCCAUCACACGCAAUUGAUGCGUUUAUUAAAAGGAUCAGUAGAGAAACGUCGCAUAUGGAUAGGAUAGAACAAUGCCGGGUGAGACUGCUCGAUUGUUGAAGAGGAAUGUUCCACGCUGACGUCGAGCUUAUAAAGUUACUUAAUGUUAGACGGAUGAUUUUACACAUCUGCUACUUUACAAUGACGCGAAGUUACGCAAUUGUUCGUCUGGAUAGGGAUAGGAAAAUGCCGGGUAAGACUGCUCGAUUGUUGAAGAGGAAUGUUUCGCGCUGACGUCGAGCUUAUACAGUUACUUAAGAUUAGACGGAUGUUUUUACACGACUGCCACUUUACAAUGACGUGAAGUUACAUUGUUUGUCUUGAUGGACGGUGCCAAAUGUUUGCCGCCGCCGCACAGUGUGAAAAAUCGUCGCCCAAUCAAAAAGGACAAAAGUACUUUAUCUGCUUGUGCACGCAGCUUUUUGUUUCGUAAAAGAGUGCAAUUUUAGAUGAAAUAUAUCAAUUUGAGAUUUAUCUAUUAGGAACAUAAUUUACAUGAAGAUGAUAUCAAGAAUUAAAGAUUAUUUCUUUCUUACUUAUUGAUUUACCUUUCGUAACAAAA